UGGCACUUCCUGCUAUGCCUCGAUUCACUAACACACAUUCAAACACCAGUGCUAACUUGUCUUUUAUCCAUAAAGGAAGUCUAAAGACCGCUUACCGGCUCAUCAGCAUUCAGAGGUGAACUUGACAGGAGCAGGACCUGCUCUGCUCAGGACACAGUUUGACAUGAUUUCUACAGAUGUGCUGAUUUUACUUCUAUGUGCAUCCAUCACGGGUCAGACUCCUCAGCGUCUCAAUGCCACUCUUGGACACUCCGUCCUGAUCCCCUGUUCUUUACCAGUACCUCCCAGAUGGUUUUACUGGCAGGAGGACCAGUCCAGCAACAUUUUGUUCCACUGGGAUCCCAAAGGGCAAACACUGCCAGGGGCUGACGAAUACAUGAACAGAUGCCAAGUCUUCAAAUCUGAGUUCAGUUCUGGAAAUAUUUCCAUUAGACUUGACAAUGUUGCUGUUGAAGAUGACCUGAAAACAUUCUGGGUCUAUGUUAGUUUCUAUGAUGAACAGAAAAAACUCAUUAAACCGCCUGAACAAAGGUGCAAAUCCACACUGCAGGUUUCAUCUCCCUACAAAGAUCAUCUUCUGACCAUUAACAACAACAACAACAGUGCAACCUGCACGGCACAUGGAGGAUACCCUGAACCUAAAGUGUCAUGGACAGGGCUAAAGAAAUCCAACGCUGCACAGCUGGACCUUCAGGAUGCUGAGACGUCUCUGCAGCGAGAUCCAACAGAGAAGACCUUCUCUGUCACAAGCUGUGUCAGUGUGAAGGAGUUGCAGUCUGUAACCUGCAUCAUCACCAACCCUCACUCCCAUGAGAUCAUAAAGAGAACUGCAAAGAUCGAUGAUCCUGGUGAGGACCAGCAGUGGUUUACUUGGAUAGUGAUUUUUUUUGCAAUUUUUUGCAUUGUCAUCCUCUUCACCAUCAGUUUAUUAAUUUUAUAUUCCCAUAGAACAGAUAAAAAACCUCCAAAUGGAAAUGAAAACCUGUCUGAGGAUACAAAUACGAAAGCUGAGGAGAGGGAUGGUGCUGCAGACAAUACGACUGAUCAGGACGAUGCAGUUGCUGCUACUGCUGAACAAGAAGCAAAACUGUUAACUGGCAGCAAGAAAAACACCUCAGAAAAUGACAAAGACUAA